AGCUCAAACAUGACACAACAAGGAGUUGACUUGCAAUAAUCCCGUUCUCGGAAAAUUACAACUUCAUUUCUGCGUUUAUCAUAUCAAUUCUACAGAUUAGGGGAAAUGGUGAGGUUUUCUGUGGGUGGAUCGGAAGGCGAAGAAGAUAGAGAUUCCACUAACAGAAAAAGACCCGUCUCCGAGAAUAGCAGAACCUCCACCAACGAUGGAUAUCAAGACAAAGACGAACAUGGAUCAUACUCCAUUAAAUUCUCCACCAAUAAACCUCGACCCUCUAUAACCUCCACCAAGAAUCCUCGAUUAUCCACCCCCACCGUGGCCGUAUGCGCCACAACCUCUGCCACUCCUCAACAAAGAGGGAAACUACGAAUAUUUGAUGAUGAUGGAAUCUUUGGUGGAAUCAUUGACCAAGAAGAAGAAGACCAUAUGGAGGAAACAAAAGAAGAAGCACAUGAGCCUUCAGAUAAAGAAGAGAAAACAGAUGGGCAGCUUUCUGUGAUCUUAUCGGACCCUGAUGUGCUUGAUUGCCCCAUUUGUCUAGAACCUCUAACUCUUCCUGUCUUUCAGUGUGAGAAUGGGCAUAUAGCAUGUGCACCAUGCUGCACAAAGAUGUUAAACAGAUGUGGAAAUUGCUCUUUGCCCAUUGGUUACAACCGUUGCAGGGCCAUCGAAAAGGUUGUUGAAUCAGUCAAAAUCUCUUGUCAAAAUGCAGACUACGGCUGCAAGCAGACAAUACAUUACGGUUAUAAGCUUGAUCAUGAGAAAGCAUGCCUAUAUAUGCCUUGUUCAUGUCCUCAAAUUGCCUGUAACUAUGUUGGCUCCUCCAAAGGCUUGUAUAGGCAUUUUGAGUUGAAUCAUUCAAAUUGUUCCCGGCAAUUUCGUUUCAAUCUUAUGGUCUCCAUUUCCUUGGAAAAAAAUCAGAAUCAACUGUUUCUUCAAGAAAAGACUGAAGGGACACUUUUUAUCCUUAAUCGCUCUAUAGAUCGUCUUGGAAGUUUAUUCACCAUCGUUUGUGUUGGACCAUCUUCAGCCAAGAGAAGAUACUCGUAUACUCUUACAUCGAAAGAUGGAGAGAGCUCGAUCAAACUAGAGUCAGUUGCAGAUAACAUGCCAAAGUGGAUUGCACAGCCUCCUGUGAAAAAAUAUCUUCUGGUUCCAAAUGAUUUUAUUGGUUCCAGUGGUGAGCUCAAGUUGGAAGUUAUCAUAUGGAGUCCCCACCAUGAAUCUCCCUAAAGUAAUCGAAGAUGUUGAUGUAUCUAAUAAAUUCACUUCUUAUGUUCUAAUUUUCUUCGAUAAUCAUUGACUUUAUCUGGUAGUUAAAUGCCAAUUGUAUUGAUGGAUCUCCAUGUUAUUUGAGUCUAAUUUAUCCAUUGUAAAUUUCAAUAGGGAAAGAUUUGUUUUUGAUUUGGUAUUA